GCUUGUUUCAGAUUGACUCUCCCUUAUUUUUUCUUGUUUUAGAUCGCCCUUUUUAUAUGUUUGUUUCAAAUCGUCAAAAUUUCUGUUUUUGCCUGCAUCUCUUAUCGGUCAUCGGUGCCGAGUGAGGCCACCCUCGGUGCUGGUCGGCGCAACACCUAGAAAUUUCACGUUCGGUAUAAUGUUUGAGCCUCAUACUGAACAGGGACUGCAGAGUACAAUCAAAGAUGAGCCGAGGGAAUGCACCAGGUCCCAAGGGGAAGAAGAAGGGAGCAACAUUUACCAUUGACUGUGCAAAGCCAGUGGAGGACAAGAUCAUGGACAUUGCAUCCCUGGAGAAGUUCCUCCAAGAGAGGAUCAAGGUUGGAGGCAAGGCUGGUGCUCUUGGUGACACUGUGACUGUCACUCGUGAGAAGAGCAAGAUAACAGUUACUUCUGACAGUAACUUCUCGAAGAGGUAUCUGAAGUAUCUAACGAAGAAGUACCUGAAGAAACACAAUGUGCGGGAUUGGCUCCGUGUGAUAGCUUCCAACAAAGAUAGAAGUGUGUAUGAACUUAGGUACUUCAACAUUGCGGAAAACGAGGGGGAGGAGGAAGAUUAAGAAUCUAAAUUGGCCUAGUCAUUAAGAACUUCCUUUGUUUCUAUUUGUAGCUUUUCAUUUUUGGGUUUACCAUACUUUUUGUUUAAACUUAUGGUUUUGACAAUCUUGUCGCUUAAAUUAGAGGUUUUGAAACAUUCCAACAUUUGGAUCGGUGAUAUAGGAACCCAGCUUUGUUUGGUGCUCUGCCUCAAGGAAACUUUUUAGGAGAAUACAGAUUCUGCCUGGUUCUAUUUUUUUUAAUUAAUAUUUUUUUUUUGGCAUUA